AUGUCACGGCCUCCGGGAAGAAAGCAGGACAGCCACAAAAUAAGCAGAGAACUUUUUGUUCUCACAUAUGGGGCUUUGGUAGCCCAGCUGUGUAAGGACUAUGAAAAAGAUGAAGAUGUCAACAGCUGUUUAGACAAAAUGGGGUACGGCAUUGGCAUAAGGCUGAUAGAUGAUUUUUUAGCUCACUCAGAUGUAAAACGGUGUCGCAGUUAUUCUGAAACGGCAGACAUGAUUGCACAGGUGGCUUUCAAAAUGUACUUGGGAGUCACCCCCAGUGUGAACUGCAGUAGUGCUGCAGGAAAUGAAUUCUCCUUAAUCCUGGACAAAAACCCAUUAGUGGACUUUGUGGAGGAGCUGCCAGUGGAACGAGCAUCCCUUUGCUAUUGCAACCUCCUCUGUGGAGUGAUUCGAGGUGCCUUGGAAAUGGUUCACUUGGCAGCAGAAGUGACCUUUCUGCAAGACAAACUGAAGGGUGAUGCUGUGACAGAAAUAGGAAUUACGUUUUUAAGGAAGGCUGAAGACAAGAAAGCAAAAAAGAAAUAAAUGGAAGAAAUAUUGAGAUAAACCUUUGUUAUGUGAUGUUCUAGACCUUUUGUUUCUGAAGAUGAAAUGCAGGGUAGAAAUGUUUCCUUGAGUCAUCUGCACCACUCAGAUGUUGGUAGGGUGAAGAAAUCUAGAAAGCAGAGCUGAGGUCAGAGUAAAAAUCUUAAUCCUCAUGGCACAGGUAUGAGUACAAAAGAUCAAAAUGUCUUUGCUCUUGCUUUUCACAUAACCACACUCUUGAACAAAAUGGAUGCUUCAUUUCAGUAUUCAGUGCAUGCUGGGUGCAAAAUAUUCAUUCAGACACCUAAUGUUUUCAGUGUUUUCAGGUGAACAUGACUUUAUUUUUCCUUUUAUUUUUUGG